AUGUCAAAAGAUUUAUCAGUGCCACCUGAAAUCCCUAAAGAAGAUGGCAGACCCAAGUGGGACAAUAAGUUCCAGUAUAUUUUAAGCUGUAUCGGAUUUGCCGUUGGUCUGGGGAACGUGUGGCGAUUUCCAUACUUGUGUCAGAUUCAUGGAGGCGGGGCAUUCCUUUUCAUUGCUCUUCUCUUCGAAGGAAUCCCGCUGUUGCACCUCGAACUAGCCCUUGGACAGUGUCUGAGGAAAGGCAGCAUCGGUGCCUGGAACACCAUCUCGCCUUACCUCGGAGGAGUCGGGGUUGGUUCAUGGAUGGUGUCAGUUCUGGUGAGCUUAUACUACAACACCGUUUUAACCUGGGUGAUGUGGUAUUUCAUAAACUCCUUCCAGGAACCUCUUCCUUGGAGUGUUUGUCCUCUAAAUGAAAACAGAACAGGGCUCAAUGAAGAAUGUUACAAAAGUACCGCAGUGAAUUAUUUUUGGUACAGGAAAACUUUGAACAUCACACCCGAUGUCACCGAGAGCGGCACGCUGCAGUGGUGGCUCAUUUUGUGCUUAGCAACUUGCUGGGCAAUUGUCUAUCUCUGCACCAUCCGAGGAAUUGAAACCACAGGAAAGGCAAUUUAUGUAACAGCAAUAUUUCCUUACCUGGUCCUAACUAUAUUCCUUAUUCAUGGACUCACUCUACCAGGAGCCACUGACGGUCUGGCUUACCUCUUCACCCCUAAUCUGAACACUUUGAAAAAUCCCCAAGUAUGGCUUGAUGCAGCUACCCAGAUUUUCUUCUCUCUCUCUUUGGCUUUUGGAGGGCUUAUUGCAUUCUCAAGCUACAAUCCACCGAAAAACGACUGCGAAAAGGAUGCUGUGACAGUAGCAAUUGUGAACAGCGUGACAUCCCUCUACGCUUCCAUCCCAGUCUUUUCUGUUUUGGGGUUUAAAGCGACCACAGGUUACUGGGACUGCUUGGACAGGAACAUUAUCAGUAUCAUCAACGAAUUUGAUCUUCCGGAGGAAAGUAUCAUGCGACAGAACUAUACAGCCUGGCUUACUUUCCUAAAUUCAUCAUAUCCAGAAAAAAUUGCUGGACUCAAACUGAAAAGCUGUGACCUUCAAGAAUUUCUUGAUCAGAGUGUAUCGGGAACUGGCUUGGCUUUCAUCAUUUUCACUCAAGCCAUCAUUCUCAUGCCAGGCUCCCAGGCCUGGGCCAUCCUGUUUUUCACUAUGUUGUUCUGCUUGGGCCUUUCUUCUAUGUUUGGGAACAUCGAGGGAGUCUUCACUCCUCUUCUAGAGCUUCGAAUUAUACCUAAAUCAAUACCCAAAGAGCUAUUAUCUGGUAUAAUAUGUCUAAUUUGCUUCCUCGUUGCUCUGUGCUUUACGCUGGGUUCGGGGAGUUACUGGAUUGACGUUUUUGACAGCUAUGCAGGCUCACUGCCUCUUCUAGUCCUCGCUUUCUUUGAAGUGAUUGGGGUUGCGUACGUCUAUAAAAUUGAAAGGUUCAGUAAAGAUGUGAAAUGGAUGACUGGACGAAAACCCAAUCUCUACUGGCAGAUCACCUGGAAAUUUAUUAGCCCUCUGCUCCUGCUAAUUGUCUUCGUGGCUUUUGUUACUCUUCAGAUACAGAAGCCACCAAGCUAUGCAGCCUGGAACCCUAAAUAUGAAGGCUUCCCUAUGAAAGAAGAGAAAGUUUAUCCACCUUGGGUACUGGCCAUCUGUGUGCUGUUAGUUCUCCUUCCUUCUGUGUUUAUACCUCUGGUAGCACUCUUCCACCUGAUCAAACAAACGUGCGGAAGCAAGGACCCAAGCUUUGUAUCACCAGAAGUGUUUUCGUUUCAGGGGGCUAAUAGCAACUUUUCUCAUGCAAAAGAAUAA